GUCAGAGCCAAAAGGCUAUGAAAGGUCACGUCGGUUUCGGAGCAUCACGUCGGUCCUCCUACAAGUCGGCUACGACCUCGAGUAGAAUACUCGAACCCAAAUCCUGAAAGGAAAAUUGGGCUCGAGUAGGGGCACUGUUCAUACCUGGCCCAAUAACAAAGGCCCAGGAUCAAGCAAAAGACCUAAUCCAAAGGGUUGGGCCUCACCAGUACCAAUCUUCAUCCUAUGAAGUCGGUACUCACCACGAACUGCUCUAAAGAAGUCGGGCACGAGAUUAGCUGGCGGAUAAACACUCAUUCAAAUGAGUAACUGUCCCUAGAAUCUCUCUAACCACUUCCACGAGCCAUAUCUUAACCUCCCUAAGAUAAUGGGACGGUUAACACCCUAAAAAUAUGGCACUACUCCAACGGUGGUUAUUGGUUCACCACUAUAAAUACACUGACACCCCUCAGGUAUCUCUAAGUCUAAUACUCUCUAGACCUGUUCACACCCUUGCUAACUUAGGCAUCGGAGUGCCUUUGCAGGUACCACCCCCAUCUCUUCGUACAAACAAGUCGGACGGAGUCUCCCGAGUUGCAUACCCAUUCAGAAUCCUCCUCCUUCACACAUUUGGGCCAACCAACGCCAUCCAGCCCGUCAAUCUCCGGUUACCCACCGUAACAUGUUCAAGAAAUUUGCACACUAGACACUUACAGCAAAUAGACUCAUAUGAUGCCAGGGUGGAAGAACAACUCAGAGAGAGCGGAUUCUAUCAUGUAUCUCAGAUUGGAAGGAUCAUGCCUCACGGUCCAACUAUAGACGCACUAGUUGAAAGGUGGCGGCCUGAGACGCACACGUUUCAUCUUCCACACGGCGAGUGCACGAUUACGUUGGAAGACGUCGCCAUGAUUUUUGGACUCCGAACUCACGGCUUGCUAGUUACUGGAAUCAACUGACCACAGCACAAGUGGGUUAGAGAACGAGUGCAUGUCCCAAUUUGGUAUUGUUCCUGGCCCGAACGACCAUAGAGGAAGCGGAGUCAAGCUAGCAUGGUUUUGCACCCUAAAGCGGCGCCAACAUUUGAUUGACGCAGUAAGUAGGAAAAUUUAUGUAAAAUGUCAUAUAAUGUGUCUAUUUGGAACAACGUUAUUUAGUGACAAGUCUAUAAUCAGUGUGCACUGGAAGUAUUUGCCGUUGCUUCGUGACUUUUCUCAGAUUCACAAGUUUAGUUGGGGUUCAGCUUGCCUUGUACACAUGUAUCGAUCCUUAUGUCGAGUAUCUAGGUAUGAUUGCAAGGACAUUGAUGGUCCUAUACCAUUGCCCCUUGUAUGGGCAUGGUUACGAAUGCCGUCAAUAGGACCACUGCCGAUAGAUACUAGCUAAGAUGUGGAUUUAGUGAUUUUUUACUGUAGUCACUAAUAUUACGAAUCACUUAUAAUUUAAUUUGAUGAAAUUGUGGUUGAUGGUUGAAA